GUGACGAGUAAAAGAGUGUAGUUGAUGACACAUGGAUCAUUUCUUCAACAAUGGAGACAUGGGAAGGUGAGUUUAGGAAAAUAGCAGAGUGAGACAGUGUGCUCUUGUGUGAAUAUAAACUAACUAGCUAGCUAGCUUGCUUUCUUGCACACGUUACAACAAAACAAAUGGAGACACAUAAUAGUGAGAUAAGGGUGUCAAAGUUCAAGAGGGUUUGUGUGUUUUGUGGUAGUAGCCCUGGCAAAAAGAGUAGCUAUCAAGAUGCUGCCAUUGAGCUUGGCAAUGAAUUGGUCUCGAGGAACAUUGAUUUGGUCUAUGGAGGUGGAAGCAUUGGUCUGAUGGGUUUGGUCUCACAAGCUGUUCAUGAUGGCGGUCGGCAUGUUAUUGGAGUUAUUCCCAAGACGCUCAUGCCUCGAGAGCUAACUGGUGAAACAGUGGGAGAAGUUAAGGCUGUAGCAGAUAUGCACCAAAGGAAGGCAGAGAUGGCUAAGCAUUCAGAUGCCUUUAUUGCCUUACCAGGCGGUUAUGGGACUCUAGAGGAGCUUCUUGAAGUCAUAACUUGGGCUCAACUUGGGAUUCAUGAUAAACCGGUGGGAUUAGUAAAUGUUGAUGGAUACUUUAAUUCGUUGCUGUCUUUUAUUGACAAAGCUGUGGAAGAGGGAUUUAUUAGUCCUAAUGCCCGCCACAUAAUUGUAUCAGCACCAACAGCAAAAGAGUUAGUGAAGAAAUUGGAGGACUAUGUUCCAUGUCACGAAAGUGUUGCUUCCAAGUUGAACUGGCAGAUGGAACAACAGCUUGCUUAUCCUGAAGAGUAUAACAUCUCAAGGUAGCUGAGUUUACUUCAUGUGCACGGAAGAUGAAAUUAGAUAGAAUUUUGGAGGUGGAAGAAGCUAUUGUGGAGUAUCAGUAUUCUGUUUUCCUUUUACCUUUUUUUUGUUUAAAAAAAAAAGAGAAAUUUCUUUUGUAAAGUACUGGGAUUGACCUGAAUAUGUGAAAUUACUUUGUUCCCUUGUGAAU